AUGGCGGAUCUGUCGCUGACAUGUUGGUUUCAUCCGGGCAUGAAGCUGCCGGCCUGUCUGGCUGCGGUCGACAUGAAGGACUAUCCUUUCAAAGUAGCCGGCGACAUUCUCAUCAUGGAGUUGAUGGAAAAGGUGGAGGCCUUCGUAGAAGAGGUCUGCGACAAGUCGGGUGAGCCAGUCCAGUUCCAGAUUCAGGUGCUGUGGAACUCGAAGAACAACAAGAAGGCCCUGAAUCCUGGAGACAAAGUGGGAGGGAACUUCGUGGAUGGGGACACUUUCGGAAUUCAUGGCGACCUAGUCACGGCGCCAAAGAGCUACCCCAAAAUACCUGACGAGCAGAAGCUGCCAGUCACUAUCCUUACAGGCUUCCUCGGAGCUGGCAAGACGACGCUCUUAAACUACAUCUUGCAGGAGCAGAGAGAAAAGAAGAUUGCCGUUAUCGAAAACGAGUUCGGGGAAGUUUCCAUCGAUGACCUGUUGUUGAAGAAGGAUAAGUUUGCUUUUGCUGAGAAGGUAGUCGUGAUGGACAAUGGUUGCAUGUGCUGCACCAUCCGUGGGGAUCUCAUCGAUGGCUUCAGGCAGAUUCUGGACGAAGUUGAGAAGGGUGCCAAGCUCGAUCAAAUCAUCAUUGAGACCACAGGCAUGGCCGACCCUGUCCCGAUCGUUCGGACGUUCAUGACCUCAGAAGAGAUUAGCUCCCGCUUGCGGCUGGAUGGGGUCAUCACAGUUGCAGAUGCGAAGAAUGUCUUGAAAAGGCUGGACGAUGAGGUGGAGGAGGAUCGUGUCAACGAAGCCUACCAACAGGUGGCUUUCUGUGACAAGAUACUGCUGAACAAGCUCGACCUCGUUUCGUCUGAAGAAGCCAUUCAGACGAAGGAGAGGUUGCGAGAAAUCAACGCCUUUGCCAAAAUAGUUCCUGCAGUUCGGGGUAGAGUCAAGCUUUCCGAGCUGACCAACAUUCGAGCCCAUGACAUGUCAAAUUUCGUGCAUGCCGACAUUGAGAAGGAGGCCAUGGGGAAAAUGGCGAACAUGGGGGGCAUGGCGGCCAUGGUGGCCAUGGUGGCCAUGGUGGCCAUGGCGAAGGUCACGAUGCUGACUGCACUGAGGACCACGGCCAUGAAGGCCAUGGCGGCCAUGGCGGCCAUGGCGGUGGACACGAAGGUGGCCAUGCUGUUGGACAUGACAGUGGCCACGGCGGUGGCCACGGGGAGGAGCAGGCACGACAGCCGAGUCAACUCCUUCUCGGUUGUGCGGGAAGGAGAAGUUUUGCCUGAGAAGCUGGGCAAGUUGAUGGAGACUCUUGGAACGCUGCCCCCGGAGCAAGGUGUGAUCUUCCGAAUCAAGGGCAUCCUCGCAGUCAAGAACCAUCCAUUCAAGCAUGUCUUUCAUGCGGUGAUGGACGUCAGUGACGAGGAUGAUGCGGAAGCCUGGGCUCCUGGAGAGAAACGAAUAACCAAGAUGGUGUUCAUUGGAAAAAAGUUGGAUAAGCCGUUCAUCCGGAAAAUCUUCGAAGACUGCUUCGAGAAGUGA